UGCACAGAAAUGUGAACACUUAAAAGGGUCUGUCAGAUUGGGAAAAUUUUCCUGUGGAAAAUAACCACGCAAGAACUCAUGUGGUUACUAUGGAGACAGCAUCCACAAAGACUCAGUUUGCUAUUGAGACCAAAUUUCAAAAGAGGGAAUGUUGCAAGUUUAUUGCUUCAUCCAAAGAUCAAAUCAGGUGUUGUUGUGGCCUGGCCUUUGAACAGCACUCCCCUUUAGCCACUCAGGGCUUAGGAGGGUUUAGUAUUCACAGUGGAAGCUCACAGUUUUCAGGAGAUGAACACUGGUCUUUCUCUCGUCAUACAGCCCUCUACCCUACAGAUGCUUUUGGAAUAAUUGAAUUUCAAGGCAGUUCUCACCCUCUUAAAGCACAGUAUGUUAGGCUGAGUUAUGACACUCGACCAGAGUUAGUUCUUCAGUUACUCACGGAAGAAUGGAAGCUGGAACUUCCAAAGCUUUUAAUCAGUGUUCAUGGAGGAAAAGCUAAUUUUGAACUUCAGCAUAAGUUAAAACAGGUUCUCAGAAAAGGGUUGGUUAAAGCAGCAAAAACUACUGGAGCAUGGAUAUUUACUGCUGGAACUAAUACAGGGGUGAUGCGACACGUUGGAGAAGCUUUGCUGAAUGAGAGAACACCAAGACAACGUAGAGUGGUGACUAUUGGAAUUGCUCCAUGGGGAAUUAUUGAGAAUAAGCGUGAUUUAGUUGGAAAGAAUACAGUAGUACCAUACCAUAGUAUUUCAUCACCUAAGAGCCGGUUAACAGUAUUGAACAACCACCACUCUUACUUCUUGCUGGUUGAUAAUGGUACUGUGGGAAAGUAUGGAGCAGAGAUAGCUUUCCGCAAGAAGCUUGAAAAGUACAUCUCUAAACAGAAAAUUCAACCACGUAGUGACAUUCGUAGCUGUGGUGUCCCAGUGGUUUGUAUAGUAGUAGAAGGAGGACUCAACACUAUUAGGACAGUUCUGGAAUGUGUAACAGACACACCACCCGUUCCAGUUGUUAUUUGUGAUGGUAGUGGCCGUGCAGCCGACCUUUUGGCCUUUACUCACAAAUAUGUUCAAGAAUCUGAUGUAGCAGGUGCUGAACAUCUGGUCAGUACCAUUGAGAACACAUUUCAUUUAGAAAAAGAGAAAGCUGAAAAGUUGUAUGGUGAAAUGGUGGAAUGUGUCAGACGACGAGAUUUGAUAACAGUGUUCAGAAAGGGAGAAGGCCCUUAUCAGGAUUUGGAUCAAGCUGUCCUUACAGCUCUUUUGAAAGGGCAUCAUCUACCUCCACCUGAUCAAUUGAAUUUAGCACUGACCUGGAAUAGAGUUGACAUUGCACGUUCUGAAAUAUUUUUAUAUGGACAAGAGUGGACCCCUGAAUCUUUGGAGACAGCUAUGAUGGAAGCUUUACUAUUGGAUCGGGUGGACUUUGUCAAACUUUUACUGGAAAAUGGUGUUAGUAUGCAGAAGUUCCUAACAAUAAAGCGACUGGAGGAUAUCUACAAUACUAAAUGUGGACCAGGAAAUACCCUCCAAUAUCUUGUUCGUGAUGUACGAAAAAAUAUGCCACAUGGAUAUCGAUAUACACUCUAUGACAUUGGUUUAGUCAUAGAAAAAUUAAUGGGUGGUGCAUACCGUUCGUCUUACUGUCGCAAGAAGUUUCGGCAAUUUUAUAACAAUGUGAUGAAGAGGAUUGCAUUUAAUGAUAGGAUGAAGAGAGUUGCAACAACAAACUCAAAACCUCAUAGAUGUUCUACAGAAUUUUUACUUUAUUUGAUAUGUAGAGAUUUUGAAACCAGGGCUUUGGAACUUCUGGACUAUUGUUAUCGUCAAGACGAUGAUAUCAUUCUACAGUUGCUCACUUAUGAACUUCAAAAUUGGAGCAAACAAACGUGCCUUAGUCUUGCUGUGAAUGCUAAACACUGUGGUUUCGUGGCUCACACAGCAUCUCAGAUGUUAUUAGCUGAUUUGUGGAUGGGAGGUCUUAGGACAAGAAGAAACAUUAACUUAAAGGUAAUUUUGGGAAUUUUGAUGCCACUGAGUAUUCUUGCUUUGGAGUUUAAAUCCAAAGAAGAAUUGCAGCUGAUGCCUCAGACUGAAGAAGAACACAUCCUAGAUCUGAAAGAUGAUGAGGACUCUACAUCAGAUUCAGAUAGUGAAACUCAUAGUCAGAUGAGUCAUGUAGAGUCUUUUACUGCGACAACUUUGACACGAUGUAAAUCCACUGGACAGCUUAAUCAAGUAGAAAAUGGAAUAAUUUUUACUAUAGAUAACCAAGGAGUAGAUCUCGACAACCUGAUUCCAAGAAUUAAAAAGAGUCCUCUGAGAUUAGGGAAGAAAGUAUACGAGUUUUAUGCGGCACCAGUCACAAAGUUUUGGGGACACACAAUGGCGUAUGGAGUCUUUAUGUGUUUUUACACCUACGUUGUUCUAGUCAAAAUGCGUGCUUCACCUUCCUGGCAGGAGAUCUAUGUAAUAGCAUACCUAUGUACCUUAGGCUUAGAGAAAAUACGUGAGAUAAUGUGCUCUGAACCUGUGAAACUUGUACACAAGAUAUCAGUAUGGAUAGAUAACAGAUGGAAUGCUUGUGACUUGGUGGCCAUUUUGUUUUUUCUGUUGGGCAUGUCAUUACGAUUUCAUGUUGACACCCAAGAAGAGGGGAGGGUUAUUUACUGUGUAGACAUUAUAUAUUGGUACCUCAGAAGCUUGGACUUUUUCAGUGUCAACAAAUACCUUGGGCCUUUUGUCACCAUGAUUGGUAAAAUGGUAUCAAACAUGAUCUAUUUCUGUGUUCUGUUGCUGGUGGUGUUGAUGAGCUAUGGUGUGGCUCGGCAGUCCAUACUGUACCCUGACGAAGAAUCUUCUUGGCAGUUGGCUCGCAACAUAUUUCACAUGCCUUACUGGAUGUUAUAUGGAGAAGUGUAUGCUGAUGAAAUUGAUCCCGUGUGUCACGAUGAUGAGAUUUGUCCGACUGGCAAGUGGCUUAACCCUGCCAUUAUGGCUGUGUAUUUGUUGAUAGCGAACAUUCUGCUUGUCAACUUACUGAUUGCUGUCUUCAAUAACAUCUUCAUGGAAGUCAAUGCCAUGGCCCAAGAAGUGUGGAAAUACAAUAGAUUUCGAGUAGUGAUGGAAUAUGAACAGAAGCCAGUUCUUCCCCCUCCUCUUAUCAUUUUUUCCCACCUUCAUUUGCUGGUGAAAUAUAUUAGUAGUCACAAGAGUCUUAAUUUUGAUCAUGGUCUAAAACUGUUUCUUGAUGAGGAUGAUGUGGAGAAAAUCCAUGAUUUUGAAGAGGAAUGUGUUGAGGGAUUCUUCCGAGAAAAAGAGAAGAAGUACAGGUUAUCAGUGGAACAGCAAGUUCAAACAACAUCUGACAAAGCUGAAAUAAUUGGACAACGGGUAGAAGACAUCAACCAAAGAGAAAAAGACAGCAGUUGUACACUGCAGAAUCUGGAGUACAGACUGAAUAAACUGGAAGAAUUAGCAGAACAGACGUCCACUUCACUUUCUGUGAUACAUCGCUUCAUGAGCACCAGAGUAAGUGAAAUGACUUACCAGACACAGUCUUCUAGAGGAACAUCAUCAGAGGACUUGAACAGCUUGGUAAGGUCAGUCAGUACAGUGUUGGAUGCAGAGGAACUCAGACGCGUGAGGAAAUAUACUACUUCUAGUAGCAACAGCCAAAAAGACAGUAAUCUUUCCAAGGUUUCUUUUGCUGAUAGUGAAGAACAUUCUACUGGCCAUAGUUUAAUCUCACCUUUAGCUGAUCUUAAUAAAUCAUCUUGUAAUAGUGUUUUGCAGAACCAGUUGAGACGCCGAAGACUUGAAAAUGCUGGGUUAUACAGGCAAAUUUCAGUGACUUCACCAGAAUUUCCUGUUGAACAGUUAGAAGAUAAUAUCAUAGCACAACUGAAAGAAAAGCCAGAUGAGCCUAUUUCAACUAAAUCACAAGAGACAUCCAAAACUGAGCCAGUGCUGCAGUGGGACCCCCAAAUAUGUGUGAUUCCUUCCUCCCCUCUUCCAAACUUGGUUUCCAGGAAAGGAGAAUAUACCAGCAUCACUGAUGAUCUUGAGAACAAGUUUUUGUUUCCUCCCCAAUCUCCAACUCCUGGUACUCACAUUAGCCCAUCUCAAUCUCUCAAAAACUGUCAGAACCAACACAAUAUAUUGGCCUUAGAGUUGGAGGUUUUGCAUGAUGCUGAAGAAACAGACUACAACUUGAUGGAGGGCCUCAUCCAGCGAAGACUACGUAGGGAUUCAGAAAACUUGACAGUCAGUUUGGAGGACCUAUGCAGCAAUGUGUCUGAUACAUCUAGCAGUAGUGAAGAACUCAGUAAAGAAGGACUUCACAUGAAAAGACAAGGCACAAGUGCUCCUGCAAAGUUAACCAGCUUGAAAGAACAACCUGCUACAGAAGAUCAGGGGGAAAUUCAUAAUAGGUUUCCUCACUCAAAUUUGAUGAACACAAAUGAAACUAAAUUUUAAUGUUAUUACAGACAUUUCUAAUUUUGUUAUAGAUCUGUGGUUGUUAGUUGUAUAAAAGAUACAUUCUCUCAUUUUGGAAUUUCUAAAGAAAUAUUUUUUAUAGGAAAAAUAAUAUUUCUCAGAGCAUCUACAUGUAUUUAUUGUCAGUUUAUUAGUUUCUCUUACAAUACUGUUUCAAACUGGUCCGUACAUAAGAAAUAGCUGUUGUAAUUUAUCAUGAUUUUGUAAGACUUUCUUUGUGAUUAUACACUGGUGAAUCUGGAAUUAGAAAAAAUAUUUGAUUUCUUUUUGAUAGAUGCAUAUUUAUAAAUAUAUA